UUUCUCUCCACUUUCUAUAAUGCGCGUUUUGAAGUUCACCAGAGAAUCUUAUUUCAUUAAAUACAAACUCCGGCGUGAAUUAUUCUAUUGGGACGUUGUGCAAGAGAAAGCAACUCGCAAAAUUUAAACGCUUUCCACCAGGCCUAAACGUUUAUGAAGUAGACAUGUACAUCUUUCUGGCUGUAGAGUAUUGUCCAUAUUUCCGAGUAAUACUGUUAUUUGUCUGUUAUUUAUUUCCUCUUCCUCAGAUAACUACGCUGUUUCUAAAGACACUAUUCUCAACGAAUAUGAUUAUGAGUCUGUCAUGCAUUACUACAUAAUGAACGGUUUGAACCAUCAUUAUGCAAUCCUUCCAGUACAAAAGAAAGAACUGUUAGGAAGCUUUAGAGCAAGUGCAUUGGAUAAGAUUGGACUAAAUAUGUUAUAUCAUUGCAAAGGUCAAGAAGAUGGUUCUGUAUGGAGUUCGUGGACUCCGUGGGGCAAAUGUAGGAAGUGGAGGGUCGAAGACCCACAGCCUCUGAUGAAGAGACAUCGGAUGUGCACUGCUGAAAAUAUCAAUGCAUGCAUUACUUCAACGAAUGAGAGUAGUACUUUUGAAUUUCAAAGUAAACCUUGUGAUGUAGGAAGUUCAUACAAGGUUGCUUAUUGGAGUAGAUGGAGUGAAUGGACAGCCUGCGUUGCAAACGGGAUUGGAAAUCAACAAAGAAGUCGUACGUGCAAAGGAGACAGAGAAAUGGCACAUACAUGUGUCGGCCCGCCUAAUGAAGAUCGUUUCUGUCUAAGGACGACGAUCGGAAACGCACCAUUAUUACAGUUUACAGUUGUCAAUCUCAACUACCGCUACAGAUUUGUGCUGCAAGAUCCAAGAAAGAUUUAUUAUUACUACAACGAGCUCAUUGCUAAUGGUUAUUCAUUUCUUCCUGUAGAGGGAACAAGUCCUUGGUAUGAUUUUACUUUAGACGAUGUCUACGGUUGUAUUUCUCUUGCUAUGGCAAAGCAUGGAAGACCAGGUGACGUAGCUGUGCUUAAAUCAGACAUGGUGGCGGGGACAGGCGCUGCAGGUGGUUGUUUCAUUUUGUGGUUUCAUAUGUACGGUAUUCACCAAGGUUCAUUUAGUAUACACAUAAGGUCUCAGGAAAAAGAAGAAGAGCUGUUCAUACGACAUGGUGAUCAAGGCAAAUAUUGGGUUCCUGUUGCUUUAACUAUUAACAGCCCAGCCCAAUUCGAGCUGGAAAUAAAAGCCACUCGUGGUAAUGGACCUCUGGGAGAUAUUGCUGUUGAUGGAAUAUAUUAUUUUUCUGCAAAAUGCGUCGGAAAUACAUCCCCAAGACAGAGUAUCUGAGCUUCAUCCGGGGAUCAUCAAGGGAUCCAUAGAUAUUUAAUUGAAAAAUCAAACUAUCAGACAUGUUUCCAGUAUAUUUUUUUUUUUAACAUAUGUAUUAGAUAUAUCUAUAACAUAUUUAAUCGUGCUUAAUGUAUAUUUUUAGGCUACGUGAUUAAAAAUAUGUAUAUUUAAUAGAAA